AUGACCACGCGAAGAGCUCAAAACAUAUCUGAAGCCAAGCUCAACCGUUUGCUCGAAUUGAAUCAGUGUUUAAGAGAACAACUUGAUGUCCCUAGAAUCACCGUAUCUUCGGCAUCUUCGAGUUUGAUCGAAUAUUGCAAAAAUACAAAGGAUCCUAUGGUGCCCUCUGUUUGGGGUCCCAUUGACAAGAAAGAGGAUCCAUUUGCGCCUGCAGCAGGAGGUGGAUGCUGUGCGGUGAUGUAA